AUGCCCCGACGCUGGGACAACGAUGAUGACGAGCGCCUGCCCGAGGGCAUGGUGCGAAUCGGCUACGAUGCCGACACACAAAUCUACACCUUCCGUGACGCGGACGGCAGCCUCUGGGAGGGCGAGCCCGGGUGCAGAUAUGGCAAGCUCCACCGGGUGUCCGCUCCUACUCCAACACGAACGACCGCAAACCUUCCCUCAACGGCUUCUUCUCCUGUAGAAAAGGCCGAAGACCGAUCGCGGCGUCAGAGUCAGAAGCUCGAUGCGAAUGACCUCCUCGUUCGGGACGACGACGAGAGGUCCUCCAAGAAUUAUAAAAAGAAGAGAGCAUCGAUGCCGCCGGCUCCACCAGCCACCGCCGCUUCACCUUCGAAUUUGAAUCAUCCCGCUGGACAACCCGGACCGAGCGCAGGCGCUGGAAAGGGAGGGGGCACGCCGGACGGAGCGACCACGCCGCCGGCCAACACUGGCGAAGCAGAGCAACCUGACUCAGGUCGUCUUUCACCAACAACAAAGCGCCGCCUUACCGAGUCUUUCCUGGCAGGCCACUCACCUGACAGCUUCGCCAGUCGAGUGGCCGCCCUCUCACGCUCCAACACAAUUACGACCCCCGCCCAGCGGAAGGCGGCGCAAACCUUUGACGAGAUCCUCGCCGCAAUGCAGCGGUAG